CUUGUCUCAAAUUUUGGCCACUUUUGGAUUUUGUAUCGGAGGCUGCUGCUCGCUGGUUGAUCCUCAUCGUUGUAGCCCAUUUCCUUAUGCAUUGGGCCUUGAAUUUUAAUGGUGUUUCCUGUCUGGGCUCACUAUUCCCUUUACUUGAGGCUGAUUGGCCUAUUGGGCCUUAAGCCUUCCAGUUCUUAAGAGAAAAAAGUUCCCUCCUUUUCUCUAAACAGAUUCUCCGGCGGCACCCCUUCACUCUUUCUCGUUUUAUCGUUCAGGUUGCCGGCGACUCCCUUUCUCUCCCUCCCUCGCGGCGGCGGAUCUGCUCUCCUCACUCUGUGAACCUCAGUCCACACGGCCUCUCUCUCUCUCACUAGUCUUGUUCUAACACCAAAAGGAAAGAGGUCCUGAAGCUCCUCUACGUUAAACCCCAACUUCUCCUAGGGUUUCUCUCCUUCCAUUACAGUCACCUCGCCGUCUUUCAGUAAUAUGGCGCUCGCAUCCCAAACUCUCGAUAUUCAUGGCGAACGGCAAUCCGGCCAGGAUGUUCGCACUCAGAACGUCGUCGCAUGCCAGGCAGUUGCCAACAUUGUUAAAUCGUCCCUUGGUCCCGUCGGGCUUGACAAGAUGUUGGUGGAUGAUAUUGGUGACGUGACGAUUACUAAUGAUGGGGCAACCAUUCUUAAGAUGUUAGAGGUGGACCACCCGGCUGCUAAGGUGCUAGUGGAAUUGGCUGAACUCCAAGACAAAGAAGUAGGAGAUGGAACAACGUCAGUGGUAAUAGUCGCUGCAGAGUUGCUAAAGAGAGCUAAUGAUUUAGUGAGGAAUAAGAUCCAUCCAACAUCUAUUAUUAGUGGAUUCCGACUUGCAAUGAGGGAGGCAUGCAAAUAUGUUGAUGAAAAAUUGGCUGUGAAGGUUGAAAAGCUUGGAAAGGAUUCUUUAGUGAAUUGUGCAAAAACGAGCUUGUCCUCAAAAUUGGUUGCUGAUGACAGUGACUUCUUCGCUAAUUUGGUUGUUGAUGCUGUACAAUCAGUAAAGAUGACAAAUGUACGAGGUGAAAUCAGAUAUCCAAUCAAGGGUAUUAAUAUUUUAAAAGCUCAUGGUAAAAGUGCAAGAGAUAGUUACUUGCUGAAGGGGUACGCUCUAAAUACUGGUCGUGCCGCUCAAGGAAUGCCUACAAGAGUUGCACCUGCUAGAAUUGCAUGCCUUGAUUUCAAUCUUCAGAAGACAAAGAUGCAAUUGGGUGUACAAGUGGUUGUGACUGAUCCCAGGGAGCUUGAGAAAAUUCGUCAAAGGGAAGCUGAUACGACGAAGGAGCGGAUUGAGAAGCUCUUGAAAGCUGGAGCCAACGUGAUUUUAACUACCAAAGGAAUUGAUGACAUGGCUCUAAAGUACUUUGUCGAGGCUGGAGCUAUUGCUGUGAGGCGUGUCCGCAAAGAAGAUAUGCGCCAUGUUGCCAAGGCCACUGGUGCAACCAUGGUGGGAACCUUUGCUGAUAUGGAAGGGGAUGAGACCUUUGAUUCUUCACAUAUUGGGUAUGCUGCUGAAGUUGUUGAAGAGCGUAUUGCAGAUGAUGAUGUUGUUAUGAUAAAAGGGACAAAGACCACUGGUGCGGUUUCCUUGAUUCUUAGAGGAGCAAAUGACUAUAUGCUCGAUGAGAUGGAGAGAGCUCUGCAUGAUUCUUUAUCCAUUGUGAAGAGGACCUUGGAGUCCAACACGGUGGUAGCUGGUGGAGGUGCUGUUGAGUCUGCCUUAUCUGUGUACCUGGAGUACCUGGCCACUACUCUAGGAUCACGAGAGCAAUUGGCAAUUGCUGAAUUUGCUGAAUCGUUGCUAAUCAUACCAAAGGUGCUUGCUGUCAAUGCUGCCAAGGAUGCAACUGAGCUAGUUGCAAAGCUACGAGCCUGCCACCACAAUGCACAAACAAAAGCUGACCAGAAGCAUCUCUCCAGCAUGGGACUAGAUCUUUCGAAAGGUAUUGUCCGUAACAACUUAGAAGCUGGAGUAAUUGAACCUGCAAUGAGCAAAGUGAAGAUUAUUCAGUUUGCUACAGAAGCAGCCAUAACAAUCCUUCGGAUAGAUGAUAUGAUCAAACUUGUCAAGGAUGACGGCCAGAACGACGAAGAAUAGUAUUCUUAUAUGUUUAUUGUUGCACUGUUUUGGCCCUAGGAAUGGCGAAGGUUUUUUUUAUUAUGCAAGGGUUCUCUUUAGUUUGGUGUUGGAAGGGAGAUUAGUAGAAGAAGUUAGGGAGUUACGAUUGUGUGACCGUUGUGUGUUUCGAUAUGGUUCAGGAAAUGUCGUAUGAUUUUCUACAAGUGAAACUCGUUGUGAGGUAAGCUAGAAGUGGUUGAUCUUUUUGAUUUAUCAACCCGUGCCAAAAGCUUUAGACGUCCAUUUUUGCUGUACUUGUGAAGUUUAGCCUACCUCGCGGAGUAUAAUUAGAUAUGGCGGCUAUCUUUUGGCUGAUAAAUUGUUUUCAAGGUUUCUGUGUCAUUUUAAACAUCUUUCGGUUAAUUCAAUCGGCAUGAUUUGAUACAACCCGACCUGUUGAAUCACUUGCGCGUUGUACGAAAGUGUAUGGCAAGCGUUCGAGCCAAAAAUGUAUGGCUAGCAUCCAAGCCAAAAAUGUAUGGCUAGCAUCCAAGCCAAAAAUGUAUGGGGUCCGAAGGAUCUUCUACAAACAUUGUUCAUGAUGUGUAAGGGCCAUUCUGCUGGAAGUAGUCCGCUCUCGGUUGAACGAUAAACAAAGAAACAAGCCCCCGGUAUUUCUUAGCGCUCAGUUUACCCACAUUUCUGCUCAAUUACUAUCAACAUCGCCAGUCUUCUUCAUGUUUUUCAGGUAAUAGAAGUUUUACAUGGAAGCAUUCCAUCAUUUAUAUUGCAUGCUGCCGGACUGCAGAAUGUUAAGAGAUGACUAAACUCACAUUUACAAAAUCAGUUGGUUCGACAAUCACAUUCACAUAUGGACAUGAUAUGCAAAAACCAAGGAAAACUAGGGCAAGGACCCCAUGACACCUUUUCCUUGAGUCCUCUACGCUGUAAUAGUUUGCCAAGUUCCACCGAACAUUAGUCAAGUGAUGAGAAACCAUACGCUUUACAGUAACGGUUAACAUACUCAGAAACCAUAUCUCUGAUUCCAGGGCAAGCGGUCAUGUUCCAUCCGUCAAAGCAAUGAACUUUCCAUUCCGAGUCUGCAGCUCUUCCAAAAUCAAUAAUGUGGAUCGAAUCACCAGAUCAGGGGACUGCCAGAGAUGGAAAUUUUGAGGCAUCCACUUAAGCUUCAACGGCGGCAACCUCUUCAUCGGUAGAAUCUGAUGCAAUGAAUUCAGUCGGUUCACUAUCCGUAGAGGUGGCACCAGCUACCUUUUCCUUCUCUGUAUAGCCUGCUGUUAACUUCUCUUUGAUCUUCAUUUUCAUUUCCUCUCGUGCAUCUUUGUUGUUGUUUAUAAAUGCCUUCACAGCAUCCUUACCAUGGAAACGCUGAUCCUCGUACGUAUAAAAAGCGGCCGCCUUCGUCAAUAUCUUGUAUUUCAACCCUAACUCAAUUAUCUCUGAUGCUUGGCAUAUUCCCUUGCCGAACUCGAGAUCAAAUUCUAUGGUUUUAAAUGGAGGAGAAAGCUUAUUCUUCACCACCUUUAUCUGAACCCUACUCCCGAUAGUCUGCAAAAGAAAUGAGAAUCUGAUGAGGAUAUGGUUGUUUUUCAAAGGUCUAGGAGCCACAACUGCCCAACACCCUUCUAAAACUUUGAGCUGAAACCGGAACCCACAACUCAAGUUUUUUCCCAGCCACCACUCGCAGAAGCUUGCUGUUGCUCAAGCAUUCACAGGAUUGAUAUUUCAGAAUCAGGAAGAAGAAUAAAGCUCAUAGUGACAAAAGCUUCAGCAUCCAGAGCAGUAGAAAUGAAAUGUGGAAACCUUA